ACUUGAUGCUGAGAGGAGGACAGGAGAGACCAGGACAUAAGAUUGAACGCAGCUUUUGGAGCUUUUAGAGCAUGAACAGAAUUACCUUUGCUGUUUUCCUGCUGGCACUUUGCUUUUCUUUUCAUAAAGAAGUUUUAGGUAACGCCUGCUGUUCAGAGCCAUGCCAGAACAGGGGCGUCUGCACGGCCAUGGGAUCAGAUAGCUACGAAUGUGACUGUACGCGCACCGGGUAUCGUGGACAAAACUGCACAACGCCUGAAUUCCUCACUUGGAUAAAAAUUUCACUGAAACCUACGCCUAACACAGUCCACUACAUCCUGACCCACUUCAAGGGUUUCUGGAACAUCAUCAACAACAUUUCAUUUCUCAGAGAUGCCAUCAUGAAAUACGUGCUGACAUCUCGAUCCCAUAUGAUCGAUAGUCCUCCCACCUAUAAUGCGGAUUAUGGAUACAAAAGCUGGGAAGCCUAUUCCAACCUUUCCUACUAUACGCGUGCCCUUCCGCCUGUUCCGGAGGACUGCCCAACCCCUAUGGGAGUAGUGGGUAAAAAGGAGCUCCCUGAUGUUAAGGUUCUGGCUGAGAAGCUCUUGGUGAGGAGACGGUUUAUUCCAGACCCACAGGGUACCAGCUUGAUGUUCGCGUUCUUUGCACAGCACUUCACGCACCAGUUCUUCAAGUCUGAUAUGAAGAACGGACCUGCGUUUACUGUGGCUAAAGGUCAUGGGGUGGAUCUAGGCCACAUUUAUGGCGAGAACCUGGAGAAGCAACACAAGCUCAGGCUUUUCAAGGAUGGCAAGCUUAAAUAUACGAUGGUAAACGGAGAGGUGUACCCGCCACUGGUUAAGGAUGUUGGUGUCGAAAUGCACUACCCGCCACACGUCCCGGACUCUCAGCGCUUCGCCGUCGGCCACGAGGCGUUCGGCCUGGUCCCCGGCCUCCUGAUGUACGCCACCAUUUGGCUCCGUGAACACAACCGAGUGUGUGACGUUUUGAAGGGAGUUCACCCCGACUGGGAUGAUGAAAGACUCUUUCAGACAACUCGCCUCAUCCUUAUUGGCGAGACUAUCAAGAUCGUGAUCGAGGACUACGUGCAGCAUCUAAGUGGAUAUCACUUCAAACUAAAGUUUGACCCGGAGCUGCUCUUCAAUCAGCGCUUCCAAUAUCAAAACCGCAUCGCUUCUGAGUUCAACACCCUGUACCACUGGCACCCACUGAUGCCUGACAGUUUCCACAUCGAGGAGAAGGAUUACAGUUAUAAAGAGUUUGUGUUCAACACCUCUGUGGUGACCGAGCACGGCAUCAACAACCUGGUGGAUUCGUUUACCAAGCAGAUUGCAGGACGGGUCGCUGGUGGUCGGAACGUCCCGGGACCCAUCAUGUAUGUGGCCAUCAAGUCCAUUGAGAACAGCAGAAAAAUGCGUUACCAGUCCCUCAAUGCCUACAGGAAGCGAUUCUCCAUGAAGCCCUACACCUCCUUUGAAGACCUGACAGGAGAAAAAGAAAUGGCCGCCAUACUGGAGGAGCUUUACGGCGACGUCGACGCAGUGGAGCUCUACCCCGGCCUGCUGGUGGAGAAGCCCCGGACGAACGCCAUCUUUGGGGAGACGAUGGUGGAGAUGGGGGCUCCUUUCUCCCUGAAAGGCCUGAUGGGAAAUCCCAUUUGCUCCCCAGAGUACUGGAAGCCCAGCACCUUUGGAGGCACGGCCGGCUUCGACAUCGUCAACACCGCCUCCCUGCAGAGGCUAGUCUGCAACAAUGUCCGGGGUCCCUGUCCUGUGGCGUCCUUUUACGUGCCCGACGUCAAAGAGACCGGAUCCAUGACCAUCAACUCGAGCACGUCGCACUCGCGCGACAGCAACAUCAACCCCACAGUCAUUCUAAAAGAAAGGACUUCUGAGCUCUAAAUUCUGAAUUUAAAAGAAAAUAUUUUGUGUGUUAUUUAUGUAUUUAUUGUUUAUUUAUUACCCCUUUUACAUAUUUAUAGAUUUCUUUUAAAGAUUUUGACUUGAUGCAAUAUUUGCGUAUGUGUGUCGCAGUGUCUGCUGGUUUGUUAAUUUAUUAAACAACUUUAAUUAUAUUUUUUAAUUAAAACAAAAACACCUUCCCUGUUCCCUUAAUACUUGAAGCUUUAGACUUUCAGCUACAGAGUAAUUUUCAUUACAUUCCUACGAUUUCCUUAGAAUAAGUCCUGUAUUUACAUCUAUAUGUUUGCACUCAUAGGCUUACAACUGGAAGACUGACAAAGUAAUACUGCAACAGUAUAGUAAUGACGCUCACGGUGACUGAUUCAUAAAUCUCAUUUAGGAUACAGCAAAGUGAAUUCCCUAGUUUUCAUACAGUUUUACUGAUUUAUUUUCUUUAAAAGAGAACUUGCACUGUCGGUAUCUGUCUAAUCUGCAGAAAUCCUGAGUGAGUCUUCAUACAGUGGAUAAUUUUGUGGUAUGUUCUUGAUUAUGUUCAAUAAAUGCUGACAGGAUUGGCACAUUUUUCAUAAGAAAAUCUGUAUCUUGGUGUUAUUUUACUACGGAUUUCUGUUUCUUUUUCAUAUUGUAUUUUUUUAUUAUUAUUUUAAUGCUGUCCAUGCGACUGCAUUGCAAUUUCUUUGUCUUGACCUUUAUGUGAAGCACUUUGGUGAACAAUGUAUUGUUAAAUUUGAUCUUUAAAUAAAAUUGACUUUGAAAUUGA